AUUUCUACUGCACAUAUCACUUAUCGUAUUGUUCGUAAAAUUUCCUCAGUUUACCUGUCGACAUCUGUGGAGUGUUUAGUUCAUAAGCAAAUCUGUUUAUGCUCAUUAGCCUACAUAUUACUUCGUGGCAGAGAAAUUGAAUCAGCGAGUCGCUAAUUUUAACGUUCAAGUAUUCGGAAAAAAAUUGUAUUUUUAUUCGAGAUUAAUUCGAUAGGUACCAAAAUAAGCUGUCAUGGAAAAAGUUUGUAAAUUUUGUGGUUCAUCUUCCCAAGAAGAAAUUCUCGGACCGUUUCGCCAAAUGAAUAAAACGCAUUUCCACUCGAACUGUUUGGCCUUCGCUAGUAAUAUUCGAAAAUACGCCGAUCAAGCAAAAAGUAUCGAAUUGGCGCUGCGUCGAGGUCGGAAUCGAAUUUGUACGUUUUGCGAGCAAAAAGGAGCAACGAUCGUAUGCAGCGAAAAAAAGUGCAAAACCAGUUUCCAUUUGAGUUGUGCAAUCAAGUCCGAACAAACUUUACAUCUGCAUUUUGAUAAAUUUGAGAGCUAUUGCUUGGACCAUAUUCCCCAUAAAUGUAUUUUCGAUUACGACCCCAUCGUUGGAAUUCGAACCGAGAAAUCGAAAUCGCAAUGCUGCCAGCAAAUAUAUUCUCACGACGAAUGCAUCAAAAAAUACGUCGAGCAAGGAAAAGCCACAUCAAAAUGUCCAAUUUGCUUCAAUGAGAAAAUUUUCAAAGAGUCUUUCGAAGCUGCUUUUGAUAUGAAAAUAUCACACAGAAGAGCCUCAUAUGCCCGACGCCAAAGCAUGACUUACGAUUUACAAUGUGCCAGCGAUAAAUGCGUCUGCCCCAAAGGAUCCCUUUUCCAUAUAGAAUACAGUGAUUAUGAACUUAUCUCCUGCGAAUAUUGCGGAUCCAGCGCAAUUCAUAAAAUUUGUGGAAAGGUUCAAAGCACUUGGAUAUGCAAGGCAUGUGAUACAGUAUCCGAACCACCUUCUGAAGCUUAUGACUAUUCCACUCCUGUCAAUAAAACCAAGAAACGGAAGAGAAAACUUGAAAUCUUGCAAUCGAAUAAAAAAUUAUCCGGAGACAAAAAUGCUUCUCCAUUUGGACCAGCUGAUAAAACGAAAAAUAGCACUCCUACGAUGCCUCAGCAGUUCGGAGUUGAGUUCAAGAUAAAGUUACCCAGGUAUAAAAAAAUGUUGCCAAAAAUCGACGAAGUUAAGACUCCCAACUUUCAAAUGAAAUUAAAGAAAACUCGUUGAUAUUUUUUUUUACACUUGUUGCGCUUGUUUUUAUACCUAUUGUUUUGAUUUUGUUUAUUUUCAUGUGUAGUACACAAUUUUGUAAUGUUUAGUACCAUUGUUGUAUAAUUACCUAGCGUAUUUUAAAAUUCAUUUUUUAAAUCGAGUUAUCUAAUUCAAGUCCACUGGUUAAUGUGAUACCUAUCGAAUUAUUGUUUUAUGAUAUUUGUUUUAUUUUAAUAAGUAUGUACGUUGAUUUAUUAUUAAGUUUGAGUAAGUGUUAUUAGAAUUUUUAAGAUAAUUUUGUUCGAAAAAUGUAUUGUAAUGUAGAUUAUAAGACGUAAGUAAUUUGUUGAAAACCCAUUUUUGUGAAUUUAACGCGAUUAAAAUGUAACAUCGAAUUUAUAA